GGCGCAGAGACGGGCCCGGGACGCGCCGGAGCCCUGGGAAGGAGGGAGGACGGGGAGGGAGGGUCGCGGCCGGCAGCCAUGGGGCCGGAGGCCCAGGGGCCCCGCCGCCGCCCGAUGUCGCCGCCACCGCCACUGCCGCCCGUGCGGGCACUGCCCUUAUUGCUGCUGCUAGCGGGGCCGGGGGCUGCAGCAACCCCUUGCCUGGAUGGACGCCCAUGUGCCAAUGGAGGUCGCUGCACCCAGCUGCCCUCCCGGGAAGCUGCCUGCCUGUGCCCACCAGGCUGGGUAGGCGCAUGGUGCCAGCUGGAAGACCCCUGCCAUUCGGGCCCCUGUGCUGGCCGCAGGGUCUGCCAGAGCUCGGUGGUGGCAGGCACUGCCAUGUUCUCAUGUCGCUGCCCCCGCGGCUUCCGAGGCCCUGACUGCUCACUGCCAGACCCCUGCCUCAGCAGCCCCUGUGCCCACGGGGCCCGCUGCUCUGUGGGGCCCGACGGCCGCUACAUCUGCUCCUGCCCGCCUGGCUACCAGGGCCGCAGCUGCCGAAGCGAUGUGGAUGAGUGCCGGGUGGGCGGGCCCUGCCGCCACGGUGCCACCUGCCUGAACACGCCUGGCUCCUUCCGCUGCCAGUGCCCAGCUGGCUACACGGGGCCACUGUGUGAGAGCCCCGCAGUGCCGUGUGCCCCCUCACCCUGCCGUAAUGGGGGCACAUGUAGACAGAGCAGCGAUCUCACUCAUGACUGUGCCUGCCUUCCUGGGUUUGAAGGCCAGAACUGUGAAGUGAACAUGGACGACUGUCCAGGGCACCGAUGUCUCAACGGGGGGACAUGUGUGGAUGGUGUCAACACCUACAACUGCCAGUGCCCUCCCGAGUGGACAGGCCAAUUCUGCACGGAGGAUGUGGACGAGUGUCAGCUGCAGCCCAAUGCUUGCCACAACGGGGGCACGUGCUUCAACACGCUGGGUGGCCACAGCUGUGUGUGUGUCAAUGGCUGGACGGGUGAGAGCUGCAGUCAGAAUAUUGAUGACUGCGCCACGGCUGUGUGCUUCCAUGGGGCCACCUGCCAUGACCGUGUGGCCUCCUUCUACUGUGCCUGCCCCAUGGGCAAGACUGGGCUUCUGUGUCACCUGGAUGAUGCCUGCGUCAGCAACCCCUGUCAUGAGGAUGCUAUCUGUGACACUAAUCCUGUGAACGGCCGGGCCAUCUGCACCUGUCCACCUGGGUUCACCGGUGGGGCGUGUGACCAGGAUGUGGAUGAGUGUUCUAUCGGCGCCAACCCCUGUGAACACCUGGGUCGGUGCGUAAACACACAGGGCUCGUUCCUGUGCCAGUGUGGCCGCGGCUACACCGGCCCGCGCUGCGAGACCGAUGUCAACGAGUGCCUAUCCGGGCCCUGUCGGAACCAGGCCACGUGCCUCGACCGCAUAGGCCAGUUCACCUGCAUCUGCAUGGCAGGCUUCACAGGUACUUACUGUGAGGUGGAUCUGGACGAGUGCCAGAGCAGCCCGUGUGUCAAUGGCGGGGUCUGCAAGGACAGAGUGAAUGGCUUCAGCUGUACCUGCCCCUCAGGUUUCAGCGGGGCCAUGUGUCAACUGGACGUGGAUGAGUGCGCGAGCACCCCCUGCCGGAAUGGAGCCAAGUGCGUGGACCAGCCCGACGGCUACGAGUGCCGCUGCGCAGAGGGCUUUGAGGGCACGCUGUGUGAGCGCAACGUGGACGACUGCUCCCCGGACCCGUGCCACCAUGGGCGCUGCGUGGACGGCAUCGCCAGCUUCUCCUGUGCCUGUGCUCCGGGAUACACGGGCGCGCGCUGUGAGAGACAGGUGGACGAGUGCCGCAGCCAGCCCUGUCGCCAUGGGGGCAAAUGUCUGGACCUGGUGGACAAAUACCUUUGCCGCUGCCCGCCUGGCACGACAGGUGUGAAUUGCGAGGUCAACAUCGAUGACUGCGCCAGCAACCCCUGCACCUUUGGGAUUUGCCGGGAUGGCAUCAACCGCUAUGACUGUGUCUGCCAGCCUGGCUUCACAGGGCCCCUUUGCAAUGUGGAGAUCAACGAGUGUGCAUCCAGCCCGUGUGGGGAGGGCGGCUCCUGUGUGGAUGGGGAAAACGGCUUUCACUGCCUCUGCCCGCCUGGCUCUCUGCCCCCACUCUGCCUCCCCCGGAGCCAUCCAUGUGCCCAGGAGCCUUGCAGUCACGGUGUCUGCCAUGAUGCACCUGGAGGCUUCCGCUGUGUGUGUGAGCCUGGCUGGAGUGGCCCCCGGUGCAGCCAGAGCCUCACUCGAGAUGCCUGUGAAUCCCAGCCCUGCCAGGCUGGUGGCACCUGCACCAGUGAUGGAAUAGGCUUCCACUGUACCUGUCCCCCCGGUGUCCAGGGCCAUCAGUGUGAACUGCUGUCCAUCUGCACCCCGAGCUCCUGUGAGCAUGGGGGCCACUGUGAGUCUGCCCCAGGCCUGCCGGCUGUCUGCUCCUGUCCCCUGGGCUGGCAAGGCCCACGAUGCCAGCAGGAUGUGGACGAGUGUGCUAGCGCCUCACCCUGUGGCUCCCAUGGCAUUUGCGCCAACCUGGCCGGGAGUUUCAGCUGUACCUGCCACGCUGGGUACAGUGGCCCCUCCUGUGAUCAGGACAUCGAUGACUGUGACCCCAACCCCUGCCUGAAUGGAGGCUUGUGUCAGGACUCUGUGGGCUCCUUCUCAUGCUCCUGCCUCCCCGGCUUCGCUGGCCCCCGCUGUGCCCGCGACGUGGAUGAGUGCCUGAGCAGCCCGUGCGGCCCUGGCACCUGCACUGACCACGUGGCCUCCUUCACGUGCGCCUGUCCACCAGGUUAUGGAGGCCUCCGCUGUGAGCAGGACUUACCUGACUGCAGCCCCAGCUCUUGCUUUCAUGGCGGGACCUGUGUGGAUGGCGUGAACUCAUUCAGCUGCCUGUGUCGCCCAGGCUACACUGGUGCACACUGCCAACGUGAGGCUGACCCCUGCCUCUCACGGCCCUGCCUGCACGGGGGCGUCUGCGCUGCCGCCCACCCUGGCUUCCGCUGCACCUGCCCCGAGGGCUUCACGGGCACUCAGUGCCAGAUGCCGGUAGACUGGUGCAGCCGGGCACCCUGUCAGAAUGGAGGUCGCUGUGCCCGUACUGGGGCCUCCUUCUACUGCCUUUGCUCCCCUGGGUGGAGCGGCCGCCUCUGUGACAUCCAGAGCCUGCCCUGCAGGGAGGCUGCAGCCCAUACUGGGGUGCGGCCAGAGCGGCUGUGUCAGGCUGGCGGGCAGUGUGUGGACAAGGACAGCUCCCACUAUUGCGUGUGCCCAGAGGGCCGCACAGGCAGCCACUGUGAGCAGGAGCUGGACCCCUGCUUGGCCCAGCCCUGCCAGCAUGGGGGCACCUGCCAAGGCUACAUGGGUGGUUACGUGUGUGAGUGUCCAGCUGGUUAUGCCGGCGACAACUGUGAGGAUGAUGUGGACGAAUGCGCCUCCCAGCCCUGCCAGCACGGAGGCAUCUGCAUUGACCUCGUGGCCCGCUAUCUCUGCUCCUGCCCCCCUGGCACGCUGGGAGUGCUCUGUGAGAUUAAUGAGGAUGACUGUGGUGCAGGCCUGCCCCUGGACCCAGGCCCCCGGUGCCUGCACAAUGGUACCUGUGUGGACCUGGUGGGUGGCUUCCGUUGCACCUGUCCCCCUGGAUACACUGGGCUGCGCUGUGAGGCAGACAUCAAUGAAUGUCACCCGGGUGCCUGCCAUGGGGCACACACCCGGGACUGCCUGCAGGCCCCGGGUGGGAGCUUCCGCUGCCUCUGCAGAGCCGGCUUCACAGGUCCCCGCUGUCAGACUGUCCUGUCUCCCUGUGAGUCCCAGCCAUGCCAGCACGGAGGCCAGUGCAGUCCUGGCCCGGGCCCUGGGGCCAUGCUGACCUUCACAUGCCAAUGCGUCCCGCCCUUCUGGGGCUCGCUUUGCGAGCGGGUGGCGCGCUCCUGCCGGGAGCUGCAGUGUCCGGGGGGCGUCGCGUGCCAGCAGACGGUCCGUGGGCCGCGCUGCGCCUGCCCCCCGGGGUUGUCGGGGCCUUCCUGCCGGGGCUCGCGGGGUGCGCCGCCGCCAGGGGUCGCCACGAACGCCAGCUGCGUGGCCUCUCCCUGCCUCCACGGGGGCACCUGCAGCCCCGCGGCCCUAGCGCCCUUCUUCCGCUGCGUGUGCGCGCCGGGCUGGGCCGGGACGCGCUGCGAGGUGUCGGCCGCGGUGCCUGAGGCCCCAGAGGAGCAGCUGUGCCCGAGCGCCGCCUGCGAGGCCAAGAGCGGGGACAAGCGCUGCGACCGCGAGUGCAACAGCCCAGGCUGCGGCUGGGACGGAGGCGACUGCUCGCUGACCGUGGGCGACCCCUGGCGGCAGUGCGCGGCGCUGCAGUGCUGGCGCCUCUUCAACAACAGCCGCUGUGACCCGGCCUGCAGCUCGCCCGCCUGCCUCUACGACAACUUCGACUGCCGCGCGGGCGGCCGCGAGCGCGCCUGCAACCCAGUGUACGAGAAGUACUGUGCAGACCACUUUGCCGAUGGCCGCUGUGACCAGGGCUGCAACACGGAGGAGUGUGGCUGGGAUGGGCUGGACUGUGCGGGUGAGGUGCCGGCCCUGCUGGCCCGGGGCGUGCUGGUGCUCACUGUGCUGGUGCCCCCUGAGGAGCUGCUGCGCUCCAGUGCCGACUUCCUACAGCGGCUCAGUGGCAUUCUGCGGACCUCGCUGCGCUUCCGUCUGGACGAGCACGGCCAGGCCAUGGUCUUCCCUUACCACCGGCCCGGCCCUGGCUCUGAAUCCCGGAACCGGCGGGAGCUGGCACCAGAGGUGAUUGGCUCCGUGGUGAUGCUGGAGAUCGACAACCGCCUGUGCCUGCAGUCGCCGGAGAAUGGCCACUGCUUCCGCGACGCCCAGAGCGCCGCCGACUACCUGGGGGCGCUGUCGGCCGUGGAGCGCCUGGACUUCCCGUACCCGCUGCGGGCAGCGCGCGGGGAGCCGCUGGAGCCGCCGGAGCCGAGCCUGCCGCUGCUGCCGCUGUUGGCGGCGAGCGCCGUCUUCCUGCUGGUCGUCCUGGUGCUGGGCGUCAUGGUGGCCCGGCGCAAGCGCGAGCACAGCACCCUUUGGUUCCCCGAGGGCUUCUCGCUGCACAAGGACGUGGCCACUGGCCACAAGGGCCGGCGGGAGCCUGUGGGCCAGGACGCGCUGGGCAUGAAGAACAUGGCCAAGGGCGAGAGUCUGAUGGGGGAGGUGGCCACAGACUGGAUGGACACAGAGUGCCCAGAGGCCAAGCGACUGAAGGUAGAGGAGCCCAGCAUUGGGGCUGAGGAUGCUGUGGAUUGCCGCCAGUGGACUCAACACCACUUGGUUGCUGCGGACAUCCGUGUGGCACCAGCCAUGGCGUUGACGCCGCCGCAGGGUGACGUGGAUGCUGAUGGCAUGGAUGUCAACGUGCGUGGCCCAGACGGCUUUACUCCGCUAAUGCUGGCCUCCUUCUGCGGAGGGGCCCUGGAGCCAAUGCCAGCUGAGGAGGAUGAGGUGGAAGACACGUCAGCCAGCAUCAUCUCAGACCUGAUCUGCCAGGGCGCCCAGCUCGGGGCGAGGACUGACCGCACAGGCGAGACAGCGCUGCACCUGGCUGCCCGCUAUGCCCGGGCUGAUGCAGCCAAGCGGCUGCUGGAUGCUGGGGCGGACACUAACGCCCAGGAUCACUCCGGCCGCACCCCCCUGCACACGGCUGUCACCGCUGAUGCCCAGGGUGUCUUCCAGAUUCUCAUCCGGAACCGCUCCACAGACCUGGAUGCCCGCAUGGCGGAUGGCUCAACAGCACUGAUCCUGGCGGCCCGCCUGGCGGUGGAGGGCAUGGUGGAAGAGCUCAUCGCCAGCCAUGCUGAUGUCAAUGCUGUGGAUGAGCUUGGGAAAUCAGCCUUGCAUUGGGCAGCGGCCGUCAACAAUGUGGAGGCCACCUUGGCCUUGCUCAAAAAUGGAGCCAACAAGGACAUGCAGGACAGCAAGGAGGAGACACCCCUGUUCCUGGCCGCCCGGGAGGGCAGCUACGAGGCCGCCAAACUGCUGCUGGACCACUUUGCCAACCGCGAGAUCACGGACCACCUGGACAGGCUGCCGCGGGAUGUGGCCCAGGAGCGGCUGCACCAAGACAUCGUGCACUUGCUGGACCAGCCCAGUGGGCCCCGCAGCCCCCCCGGCCCCCAUGGCCUGGGGCCCAUGCUCUGCCCGCCUGGAGCCUUCCUCCCUGGCCUCAAGGUGGCACAGUCGGGGGGCAAGAAGAGCCGGAGGCCACCAGGGAAGGCGGGUUUGGGGCCGCAGGGUGCCCGGGGACGGGGCAAGAAGCUAACGCUGGCCUGCCCGGGCCCGCUGGCUGAGAGCUCGGUCACGCUGUCCCCUGUGGACUCGCUGGACUCCCCGCGGCCCUUUGGUGGGCCUCCUGCGUCCCCUAGUGGCUUUGCCCUUGAGGGGCCCUACACGGCAGCCACUGCCACCACGGUGUCUCUGGCACAGUUUGGUGGCCCAGGUAGGGCAGGUCUAGGGCGUCAGCCCCCCGGGGGCUGUGUGCUCAGCCUGGGCUUGCUGAAUCCUGUGGCCGUUCCCCUCGACUGGGCCCGGCUCCCCCCACCUGCCCCGCCGGGGCCCUCGUUCCUGCUGCCCUUGGCACCGGGACCCCAGCUGCUGAACGCCGGGACCCCCGUGUCCCCCCAGGAGCGGCCCCCACCGUACCUGGCAGCCCCGGGACAUGCUGAGGAGUACCCGGCAGCCGGGGCUCACGGCAGCCCCCCCAAGGCCCGUUUCCUGCGGGUGCCCAGCGAGCACCCGUACCUGACCCCCUCUCCUGAGCCCCCGGAGCAGUGGGCCAGCCCGUCGCCGCCCUCCCUCUCCGACUGGUCCGACUCCACACCCAGCCCGGCCGCCGCCCCCGGGGCCACGGCCACGGCUGCCGGGGCGCUGCCUGCCCGGCCGCUCCCCCUGGCCAUCCCUGGUCCCCUUGCUCAGGCCCAAACCCAGCUGGGGUCCCAGCCGGAAGUCACCCCCAAGAGGCAGGUGCUGGCUUGAGGGCUCCCUAGUUCUUGGCUUUGGGGGGACUGAGAAGACACCCCGUCCAGACUCCCCACCAGCCCUCUUGCCCCCCGCCCCUGACUCCCUGUGGUGUGUGGCCCAGAGGGGUCACCGGCGUAGGGUUUCAGUCUUCCUUUAUUUAUAGGGGGUGCGGGCUGAUCCCCGCCUCUCGGUCUUGCGGUGAGUCUGGGACCGUCCCCUCCCUCAGUUCUCUAUUCCCUCCUUUUCUUGCCUCCUUUGGCCUCAUGCUCUGACAUGGUGGAUUAUUAUUAUUUUCCGUUUUUUUUUUUUUUUUUUUUUUUUUACAUUUUGUAUAGAAACAAAUUCAUUUAAGCAAACAUUAUUAUUAUUUUUUACAAAAUAUAUAUAUGGAGACACUCCCUCCCUGCCCCUGUGAAUCUCCCGGUGCCCCUGUGGGGCCAAGUCUGUGGGCCCACUCGGCCAAGCUGCAUUCUGUGUACCGAGUACACAGGCAUGACCAGGAUUCUGUGUACUGAGUACACGGCCCUGGUGUGUACCACGUAGGCACCCUCGGGCGCUCUCUCUGGGGCCAGGGGUUGGGCAAGACUUGGGAUCCUUCUCCCCACACCCACUCCCUCACUUCACUGCAUUCCAGAUGGAACUUGUCCUAUAGCUUUGCUGGGGGGAUGGCCCCCCUCGCCCAGAGAGCCCACCCCUAGGCCAGCCUUCCACCCUAGAGCCUGGGCUGCUUCCAUUUGGGAAGGGACUUCGGUGGGAACCAGGGCAGAUGUGUUUAUUUCCCUUUCUCCCCCUGUAAAUACGGGACUGCAGAAAGGCAAGGAGCUGCCUGGGCAGCACCCCCUCCUCCUCCUGUCACCCCCCCUGGCCCAGCCCUAUGGCAGAAUAGAACUAUUUUUAGGCUGUUUUUGUUAUAUGGCUUCUGUGUAGCUACAUUCCCAGGCCUGGCAUUGUACAGCCCCCACUCCUCUCACCACCUAAUAAAGGCAUAGUUAACAUUC